CUCACUGCUGAUUGGCCGGAACCCGUCUGACCGCAUCAGGAUGCGAUUGGGCGGGGCUGUGGGCGGUGCCGCAGUGAGCCGCUGUCAUGGCGGAGCUGAGCGAGGCGCUGCUGUCGGUGUUGCCGUCCAUCCGGGUGCCCAAGGCUGGCGACCGCGUCCACAAGGACGAGUGCGCCUUCUCCUUCGACACGCCGGAGUCAGAUGGCGGUUUGUAUAUCUGCAUGAACACGUUCCUGGGCUUUGGGAAGCAGUAUGUGGAAAAGCACUAUCAGAAAACAGGCCAGCGGGUCUACCUGCACCUCAAAAGAACACGUAAACCGAAGGAAGAAGACACCAAUUCCAGCGCUGGGGACCCCCCAAGGAAGAAACCAACUCGUUUGGCUAUUGGUGUAGAAGGUGGAUUUGACAUCACAGAAGAAAAGUUUGAAUAUGACGAAGAUGUAAAAAUAGUAAUUUUUCCAGACCAUUUGGAUAUUCCUCGUGAUGGGCUGGAGGGCCUACCAGAUAUGGUCAGAGACAGGAUUGCCAGUGCAAUUGAGGCCAUCCUGACAGCAGAUUCAGCCUCACGGAAGCAGGAGGUACAAGCUUGGGAUGGAGAGGUUCGACGUGUUUCCAAACAUGCUUUUUCCCUGCACCAACUUCAGAACGAUGUCCGCAUCCCACCAUGUGGCUGGAAGUGCAGCAAGUGUGACAUGAAGGAGAACCUGUGGCUGAACAUGACGGACGGAGCCAUCCUCUGUGGCCGGCGCUACUUUGAUGGCAGUGGUGGCAACAAUCACGCGGUUGAGCAUUACAGGGAAACUGGCUACCCACUGGCUGUGAAACUGGGAACAAUUACUCCUGAUGGGGCUGAUGUCUACUCCUAUGAUGAGGAUGACAUGGUGUUGGAUCCCAACCUGGCAGAACACCUGGCACACUUUGGGAUUGACAUGCUCAAGAUGCAGAAGACAGACAAAACAAUGACAGAACUGGAAAUAGACAUGAAUCAGCGCAUUGGGGAGUGGGAGCUCAUCCAGGAGUCUGGCGUGCAGCUCAAGCCUCUCUAUGGGCCUGGGUACACUGGUAUCCGUAACCUGGGCAACAGUUGCUACCUCAAUUCUGUGAUGCAGGUGCUGUUCAGUAUCCCAGACUUCCAGAGAAAGUAUGUGGACAAGCUGGAGAAGAUAUUCCAAAGCGCACCUUCGGACCCCACACAGGACUUCAGCACACAAGUAGCCAAAUUGGGCCAUGGACUGCUUUCUGGGGAGUAUUCAAGGCCAGCCUCUUCAGAUGGGGAACAGCAGCCUGAUCAGAAGGGUAUGCAAAAUGGCAUUGCUCCACGCAUGUUUAAGUCCCUCAUCGGAAAGGGGCACCCAGAAUUUUCCACUAACCGACAGCAGGACGCCCAGGAAUUCUUUCUGCACUUCAUCAACAUGGUUGAGAGGAACUGCCGCAGCUCGGAGAACCCUAACGAGGUCUUCCGUUUUCUGGUGGAGGAGAAGCUGAAGUGCCUGGCCACAGAAAAGGUGAAAUAUACCCAGCGUGUGGACUAUAUUAUGCAGCUGCCUGUGCCAAUGGAUGCUGCACUCAACAAAGAUGAACUACUGGAAUAUGAGGAGAAGAAGAGGCAGGCAGAGGAGGAGAAGCAGCCACUGCCUGAGCUGGUGCGAGCCAAGGUGCCUUUCAGCUCCUGCCUAGAGGCCUAUGGAGCUCCAGAGCAGGUGGAUGAUUUCUGGAGCACAGCCUUGCAGGCCAAGUCUGUGGCUCUCAAAACAACACGGUUCGCCUCUUUCCCGGAUUAUCUGGUCAUCCAGAUCAAGAAGUUCACUUUUGGUCUGGACUGGGUGCCCAAAAAGCUUGAUGUUUCGAUUGAAAUGCCGGAGGAGCUGGAUAUCUCUGCACUGCAGGGAACAGGGCUGCAGGAUGGAGAAGAGGAAAUGCCAGACAUCGCACCCCCACUGGUGACACCAGACGAGCCCAAAGGUAGCCUGGGGUUCUAUGGCAACGAGGACGACGACUCCUUCUGCUCCCCUCACUUCUCCUCUCCGACAUCACCCAUGUUGGAUGAGUCGGUGAUUAUCCAGCUAGUGGAGAUGGGCUUUCCCAUGGAUGCCUGCCGCAAAGCCGUGUAUUACACAGGGAACAGUGGGGUUGAAGCGGCCAUGAACUGGGUCAUGUCACAUAUGGAUGAUCCAGACUUUGCUAACCCAUUAGUUCUCCCUGGAUCCAGUGGACCGGGGUCAACUAUUGCCUGCCCAGACCCCCCUUCAGAAGACAGUGUGGCCACCAUUGUCUCCAUGGGCUUCUCCCGGGACCAGGCUAUGAAAGCGCUCAGGGCCACGAACAACAGUCUGGAGCGUGCUGUGGAUUGGAUCUUUAGCCACAUUGAUGACCUUGAUGCAGAAGCUGCUAUGGAUAUCUCAGAAGGGCGCUCCGCAGCUGAUUCCAUCUCUGAAUCCGUCCCUGUGGGUCCCAAAGUGCGCGAUGGGCCUGGAAAAUACCAGCUGUUUGCCUUCAUCAGCCACAUGGGCACUUCGACUAUGUGUGGACACUAUGUUUGUCACAUCAAGAAAGAUGGCAGGUGGGUGAUCUACAACGACCAGAAACCCUAG